GUUGGAAUCCGAUCGAUCGAUCGUCAAUUCAGAAGCCUGAACGGACGGAUCAGCGGAGGACUUUGGCCGGCUGAAGACCAUAUCUGAUCCAGUAAUCUGAAUUCUCGAUUAUCCUUCGGGGGGGAGAUAUGGGUUUUCUAGUAACAACCCUAAUUUUCAUCGUAAUUGGAAUCAUAGCAUCUCUUUUCGCUAGAAUCUGCUUCAAUAAAGGACCCUCAACCAAUUUGUUAUGUUUAACACUCAUUAUAACUGCAACGGUAUGCUGUUGGAUGAUGUGGGCAAUUGUUUAUCUGGCACAAAUGAAACCACUCAUAGUCCCGAUUCUUAACGAAGAAUGAAAUGCGAUUACUACUACUACUACUCAAACCAUAUGCAUUUUGUAUUUCUAUUUUUCAUCAGAUAAGUUUCAAUUCAUUUGUGUAUUGUUAUUUAUCCCCUCUUCCCCCAUUCUCUUUGCAACUUUAAUAAUUUUUUGUUUAUCUCCCCACAUAUUACAACCACCCUCAGAUGGUUUGUUGUUUGUUCUAAACAAAAAUAUGAAUAAUUCUCUCUUGUAAUCUUUGAGCAUGAUAAAAUAGUCUAUUUUUCUC